AUAGCGUUGUGAAACACCUUCGGAAUAUUAGUACGCUAAGGCUGACUCUCAUUGUAUUUUUCAGUCGGUGACAAUAGGAUGCUCAGGCUUGUUCUGUUUGACUGCGUUUUGACCAGUUGCAACGAAAUAUUCGUAGUCAGUAGUUCCUAGUAAGGUCACACACCAAUAGAAUAAUUAUCUUGGCAAGGAAGAACCGUGCAGAAGCGCCAUCUGUGGUGACACACGCAGACAGCGGCUUCGUAGCUUCCUGUUCUCCGUCAUAAUGGUGCGUAUUGGUGUUCGAGUGCCUCUGGGCAUUUUAUGGUUGCUCACUCUCUCCACCGGGCUGACUGAAGCUACAGCUGGCCCUGUUCUUUCAUCACCAAAUGGAAUCAAUGGACUGGUUAUUAGUGAAGCUGAUGACACAAUGCAGGCAGUUCUGCGCGUGUGUAUCAACGCCACCAUCAAACCAGCACCUCAGCAAGCCAAUAUUGUAUGGAGUCGGGAACAGGGAAAUCUGCUUGAUAUACCAAAUUGGGAUCAUACAUCAUUGAGUGAGGUCGACGGCUGUUUCUGGUCCAGUCUGACCAUAAUGUUCCAACUUGUUGAACCGGCUAUUGGAAAUUACACCAUUACCGUUACUACAACUGCUGGUUCUUCAAAACUGACAAUUCCACUUCGUUUCACCAUUCCUUUGUGUGAAAUACCAACAAUCCACCAUGGUCACGCAUAUGUAGCAGGUGUUUAUGGAGACGUAAAUGAAAAGACUUCUUCAGACUAUGGGGUAGAAUGUCCUACUGGUUUUAAACUGUCCACUUUGUCCCAUAGUAAAUGUGAAAGAUCACCUGAUGGAAAAGCUGUUUACAAGAAUAUACCAGAGUGUCAGGCUGGUCCCGUUCUGACAUCUCCUAUUGGAAGCAGUGGACUGGUUGUGAGUGAGGAUGAUGGCACACAGUCAGCAGUUCUGUCCGUGUGCAUCAACUCUACCAUCAAGCCAGCACCGUCAUCAGCCAACUCUGUAGUUUGGAGUACAGAGGCCAGUGGAGGGAUGUCUGUGUUCAGCCGUGUGCAGACCUCACUGAGUAGCAGCAGCAAUGGCUGCUACUGGUCCAAUCUGACAGUGAACAUCAGUAGUGUUUCUGGUGCAGCGGGUCAUUACACUGUCAAAGUUUCCACUGGUGCUGGAUCGGCUACAAAGAGAUUUCGACUAGAAAUCAGCGUUGCACUGUGUGCACUGCCAUCUAUCCACCAUGGUCACUCACAAGCGUCAGGUUUGAUUGGGUCCAGUACUAGCAGUGGACCUACUUCAUCAGACUAUGAAGUAGUGUGUGGAGAAGGCUUGUCCGUGUCCAGUUCACCGCACAGCAAGUGUGAAAGAUCAUCCGAUGGAAACUCUGUUUACAAGAAUGUACCAGAGUGCCUUGCUGGCCCUGUUCUUUCAUCACCUAUUGGAAUCAAUGGCCUGGUUGUGAGUGAGGAUGAUGACACAAAGUCAGCAGUUCUGUCCGUGUGUAUCAACUCCACAAUCAAACCAGCACCUCAGAAAGCCAAUAUUGUAUGGAGUCGAGAACAGGGAAGUCCGAUUGAUAUACCACAUCAAGAGCAGACAUCAUUGAGUGCGGUUAAUGGUUGUUUCUUGUCCAGUCUUACUUUCUGGUUCCAUCUAAUUGAUGAGGCUACUGGAAAUUACACCAUUACCGUUACUACAACUGCCGGUUCUUCAAAACUGACAAUUCCUCUUCGUUUCACCAUUCCACUUUGUGAAGUACCAACAAUCCACCAUGGUCACGCAUAUGCAACAGGUGUUUUUGGAGACGUGACUGAAAAGACGUCUUCAGACUAUGGGGUAGAAUGUCCUACUGGUUUUAAGCUGUCCACUUUGUCCCAUAGUAAAUGUGAAAGAUCACCUGAUGGAAAAGCUAUUUACAAGAAUAUACCAGAGUGUCAGGCUGGUCCCAUUCUGACAUCUCCUAUUGGAAGCAGUGGACUGGUUGUGAGUGAGGAUGAUGGAACAAAGUCAGCAGUUCUGUCCGUGUGCAUCAACUCUACUAUCAAGCCAGCACCGUCAUCAGCCAACUCUGUAGUUUGGAGUACAGAGGCCAGUGGAGGGAUGUCUGUGUUCAGCCGUGUGCAGACCUCACUGAGUAGCAGUAGCAAUAGCUGCUACUGGUCCAAUCUGACAGUGAACAUCAGUAGUGUUUCUGGUGCAGCGGGUCAUUACACUGUCAAAGUUUCCACUGAUGCUGGAUCGGCUACAAAGAGAUUUCGACUAGAAAUCAACGUUGCACUGUGUGCACUGCCACCUAUCCACCAUGGUCACUCACAAGUGUCAGGUUUGAUUGGGCCCAGUACUAGCAGUGGACCUACUUCAUCAGACUAUGAAGUAGUGUGUGGAGAAGGCUUGUCCGUGUCCAGUUCACCGCACAGCAAGUGUGAAAGAUCAUCCGAUGGAAACGCUGUUUUCAAGAAUGUACCAGAGUGCCUUGCUGGCCCUGUUCUUUCAUCACCUAUUGGAAUCAAUGGCCUGGUUGUGAGUGAGGAUGAUGACACAAAGUCAGCAGUUCUGUCCGUGUGUAUCAACUCCACAAUCAAACCAGCACCUCAGAAAGCCAAUAUUGUAUGGAGUCGAGAACAGGGAAGUCCGAUUGAUAUACCACAUCAAGAGCAGACAUCAUUGAGUGCGGUUAAUGGUUGUUUCUUGUCCAGUCUUACUUUCUGGUUCCAUCUAAUUGAUGAGGCUACUGGAAAUUACACCAUUACCGUUACUACAACUGCCGGUUCUUCAAAACUGACAAUUCCUCUUCGUUUCACCAUUCCACUUUGUGAAGUACCAACAAUCCACCAUGGUCACGCAUAUGCAACAGGUGUUUUUGGAGACGUGACUGAAAAGACGUCUUCAGACUAUGGGGUAGAAUGUCCUACUGGUUUUAAGCUGUCCACUUUGUCCCAUAGUAAAUGUGAAAGAUCACCUGAUGGAAAAGCUAUUUACAAGAAUAUACCAGAGUGUCAGGCUGGUCCCAUUCUGACAUCUCCUAUUGGAAGCAGUGGACUGGUUGUGAGUGAGGAUGAUGGAACAAAGUCAGCAGUUCUGUCCGUGUGCAUCAACUCUACUAUCAAGCCAGCACCGUCAUCAGCCAACUCUGUAGUUUGGAGUACAGAGGCCAGUGGAGGGAUGUCUGUGUUCAGCCGUGUGCAGACCUCACUGAGUAGCAGUAGCAAUGGCUGCUACUGGUCCAAUCUGACAGUGAACAUCAGUAGUGUUUCUGGUGCAGCGGGUCAUUACACUGUCAAAGUUUCCACUGAUGCUGGAUCGGCUACAAAGAGAUUUCGACUAGAAAUCAACGUUGCACUGUGUGCACUGCCACCUAUCCACCAUGGUCACUCACAAGCGUCAGGUUUGAUUGGGCCCAGUACUAGCAGUGGACCUACUUCAUCAGACUAUGAAGUAGUGUGUGGAGAAGGCUUGUCCGUGUCCAGUUCACCGCACAGCAAGUGUGAAAGAUCAUCCGAUGGAAACGCUGUUUUCAAGAAUGUACCAGAGUGCCUUGCUGGCCCUGUUCUUUCAUCACCUAUUGGAAUCAAUGGACUGAUUGUGAGUGAGGAUGAUGACACAAAGUCAGCAGUUCUGUCCGUGUGUAUCAACUCCACCAUCAAACCAGCACCUCAGAAAGCCAAUAUUGUAUGGAGUCGAGAACAGGGAAGUCCGAUUGAUAUACCACAUCAAGAACAGACAUCAUUGAAUGAGGUUAAUGGUUGUUUCUUGUCCAGUCUUACUUUCUGGUUCCAUCUUAUUGAUGAGGCUACUGGAAAUUACACCAUUACCGUUACUACAACUGCCGGUUCUUCAAAACUGACAAUUCCUCUUCGUUUCACCA